UUCCCCUGCUGACGGGGGAAGUCCAGAUGGCGGCACAACAGCUACCAUUCCAGAACCUGCUCCAGUACGCGGACCUCAAGAAGGCAAUCCUGGAACUGGUUGGCCUGAGUCCGGAGCAGCACCGGCAGCGAUUCCGCUCCCUGGAGCUCGGGGAGUGCGGCCACCCCUUCUCUUUUUCUCAUCAGCUCCGGGAUGCUUGCCGCAGAUGGCUGAUGGCCGAUGGUAGCUACUUCAACACCAUCUUGGAUAAGGUAACACUGGAACAGUUCGUCGGGCAGUUACCUAGGGAGACCGCCCAAUGGGUCCAGUGUCACCGACCGACGUCGCUGUACCCCUACCAUCUUUUUCUCUCUCUCUACCCUCUAUGUCCACCCCCUCUCCCCCCAAACCUAUCCCUUUUCCUAGGACCUGGGGGGAGUUUUUUGCCGCGGCCAGCCCCGAGGACCCGGACGUCGCCGGGGAUGGGGUCGUUAGGAGCCGUGAGGACCCCGGGGAGAUCCGCCAGCCAGUAUUGCACUGGGCCCAAUGCCUCUCCUGUACCUCCGCCCUCUCCUCGCCAAUUCGUUGGUCUGCUUCCUGCCGCUAGGGCGGCGGGGACUCCGGGUUCCCGACAACCCACAGGCUGCCCUCGGUCAAGACGGGCUGUAUCAGAUACCUUAAUUGGCGAGGAGACGGUUAAAAGCCGGACAACAAAAGACUGGAGGCAGAGAGAGACCGGCUGGGAACCGAGGAAGUGUCCGAGAGGAAGCCGCUGAGACGUUGCUUCCAGGACUGGAAUAUUGCGAGUGCUUACUGAAGAAGUGUACAGCGUUUUUGUUACAGUGCAGCAGCACCAUUAAGAUUUGUUGUUAAUAAAGUCUGACCUCGGU